AUGACCAUCAUCAUUGAUGUCAUCCUCAUCACCACUGACAACACUGUCAAUGUCACCAAGAGAUGGAAGAAGGGUUCAACAAGGCAGGAUCUACACCCAAGUCCACUGGUCACCCUGGAGACCCAGGAUGGCUACUUCUCUCACCGGCCCAAAGAAAAAGUUCGGACUGACAGCAACAAUGAGAACUCAGUCCCAAAGGACUUUGAGAAUGUGGACAACAGCAACUUCGCCCCCAGGACCCAGAAGCAGAAGCACCAGCCCGAGUUGGCAAAGAAGACCCCCAGCAGGCAGAAGGAGCGGCUGCAGAGGAAGCUGGAUGCCCAGGACAAAGGACAGGGGCAGUCAGUCCUUGGGAAAGGCCCCAAGGAGGUGCUGCCUCCUCAGGAAAAGGCCACAGGCGAUAGUAGCCAAGGGAAGGAUCUCUCAAGACACAGCCACACCAGAAAGACUGGUGGUGGUGGGUCCCCCGAAACCAAGUCCGACCAGCCCCCCAAAUGUGACAUCUCUGGCAAGGAGGCCAUUUCAGCCCUGACCCGUGCUAAGUCCAAGCACUGCCGCCAGGAGAUUGCAGAAACGUACUGUCGCCACAAGCUGGGUCUGCUGAUGCCAGAGAAGGUGGCUCGGUUCUGUCCCCUGGAGGGUAAGUCAUUUCCUCCUGUUUCUGGUCCCACCCAUCUGCCUUUUCAGGCCCUCUGAGUAUAGCCACACUAUGUCAAACCCUGAUCACAAGAUCUAAUUUGUCGGGGACUCUGAACUCCUGCUAUCUUCUAUAAGGAAAGUUUUACAAAAUCACAUUACAUGUGUUAGUAAUUUAACCUGUUCCCUUUAGCAGAAGUGCCUGCCCAACUUUGACAUUGUGAUAUGACCUCAUUGUCUACAGGUGUGUUGUGUUGUGUUCACAGCUAUCCUGAAAUGCACAGGCUACAGAAAUCAAAACAAACAAACAUACAAAACGAAUCAGUCUACUAAAUCUUGGCUUCAUUUUUAGUAUUUUUAUUAUUAUUAUCUAAGCCAUAUAAUUUAGCAACUAUUUAUACAGCCCUGGCAUUAAAUAAGUCAUCCAAAGAGUACUUGGAGCAUACAGGAAAAUAUACAGGUCAUAAGCAAACACCAUACUACUUCAUAUAAGAGAUAGGACACUGCUGGGUAUGAGUGUUGUGGGAUCUGGUACCCAACCCCCAGUGGAUUCUGAGGGACACUUCUUUGUGGCUCUAUGUGUCCAUACAGUUUACCAGAUGGGUUGUGGCCUCAAACUCUAAGUGUCCCGAGGGAAGGUGGGAAAGGGAGGCUUAGUAUGCCCUUCACACAUUGUUCCCUCUUAGUCAAGUUCAGCCUGACUUUUUGAGCUUGUAGCAGCAAACGAGUAUCUAUGCAACGCUUCCUGUUCAAUAGGUUUAAAAAGAAAGAGCCUCCUUUCCCCAUCGUCUGUGUGGCCCAGGUGGUUCCUGUCUGUGUUCUUGAUUGCACUUGGCACUUAGUGUGCAGCAAUAAUUAAGUGGAAUGCAAUGUUUCCAAGAGCUGUUCUUAGCCAGUGCCAGGCAGGAGGCUAAACCAUGAUAAUGUGGCUCCUGCCACAUACAGAGCUUACAUGCUUGCUCCAUGAAGGGCCUAGUAGUAAAUCUGUGUGGUUGUUGGGCCAUACAUCUCUAUCACAAUGACAGGAGUCUGCUCUCAGAGCAAACACACAAACAUCAAUGUACUUGCUCAGGUUGGAGGGGAUUCCAGUUGCUUCCUAGCUUGUGAGGGAGAGGCUUGCAUCCUUGACCACCUAAUUUAAGAUAUGAAUGCCAUGAACUCAAAAAUGCACAUAACAUAUAUGUCCUAUGGAAUGUCCUAGCUUAGUUUGCUCUGCCUCAAAUGUGCUCAGAAAGUUUCCAUCAGCUUACAGUUUGGCAAAGCUUACAUUAAGGUAAUGUGUUAACUGCACUGUGUAAGUUAUUAGGUAAGGCUGCAGUGAAGGUGGGAAGCAGAUGGUGUGGGUGUGGUUUGUGUCCUCAGCAUUGUCGAGUUGAAAAGUUCUAGGCCAUCCAUCACUACUCUGUGGACUAUCCAUAUUCGAAUAAUAAAUGCUGUGUUUUAUCCCCAUGAUUCCUUUGUUAAGGAAACGGAGGCUCAGAGAGGUUUGGGAUUUGGUUGCAGGCAUGGGCUAAUAGCCAGCAAAAGUAGUAUUGGAAUUCAGGUUGCAGAGCCUGAGUCCCUUCCAUAAGUUUGUUGGUCUUCAGGAGGAAAACAGAUUUCUACUUCAGCUCAAGUUUUACAAGUCCCAAAGAAAAUUUGCUGCCUGUGGGCUAUGCCACCCUCUUAGUAUAGUCACAAGGAACAGUAUCAGCUGGGGAAACAAGGGAGCUUAUGACAGUGAGGCAGAGCAUGGGUGCAAGGCUAGAGUGCCUGCAUUUGGAUCUUGGAUUUCCUGGGCACAUGCUGUGAGACUUAGGGCAAGUUGCUUGCCCUCUCUGUGCUUUGGUGGUAUAUUCAUCAUAGAGGGUUCAAGACUACACAGUUCAGCAAAUAUUCCUGGCUAGUGAUGCACAUUACACAGAUAUUUGCCUUACAGCUCACUCCACAAUCAUCCACCACCACACAGCAGCGUUUCCCACGCUUCUUCUGGUCAUGCUGAAAUGUCUGGAAGCUGGUGUGAGCUCACUGGGGCUGCCUGUAGGGUUGGCUGUCUCUGCCUUGGCGAAGGUGACAUGCUCUCCCAGGACCUCCAAACUGGUUAAUGGGGUUGGCAUUUAAGACACAUGGCACACCAGCCCCAUGAUGCUUUAAUUUCCUGCACCGUGGCCUCCCCUCUGCAGUAAAUUUACUGUGAAUAGACUAAUUGCAAAAUAACUCUAAUUGGGUAGUUAUCAAUGAACAACUUCCCGUGAAACAGAAUGGCUUACAAUUAAUAGCAUUUAAGCCAUAAACUAUUCUUCUGCAGAAAGCAGGGAUGUAAUUACACCCCACAGGGAGACUGCCUUCCCCUUCUGGAAACCAUGACACCCGGAAUUCCCUCUGCUCGGGAGGGACUGGAGCUUCAGCCUAGUGGUCUUUUUAUAUUCUGCAUAAUGAGGAAGUGAGCUAGGGUAGCAGGAACAUGUGACAUCAGGCAGUACAGGAGUUCCCUCCAACACAGAGGCAUUCACUGGGCCUCACCCAGACCAUAGCCACUGCGGGCCACUGGGCAGAUUGAGAGGAAAGGAAAUUGAUUGUCUACGUUGACUUUUGUGAAGGGAUUGUUCCUGAAGCCCUUCUACCUUGCCUAUCCCCUAGCCUCAUCCCCACUCAGCCCAGGGGAAACCCUGGAGAAGAUGUGCUUUCUGCAGUGAUGUUCUUGCCCUUCUGACCUUUGUUCUCUGCCUCCUGUGGAGGACAACCUGAAAAGAGGUAUAUAGAAGACUCCCUUUGUUCCAUUUGAGAAUACCUGUUACCUGCUUUCACAUGUACAAGGGGAGAAGACUCCCGUGGACUGUCCAUCAAUGAACAUGUAGAGAGAGAUUCCAGGGAGUUUUGUGGAAAGACUUGUGCCUAAGUGUACCCUCAGAGGAUGUUGUCUCCAGAUCCCCAGCAAACCCUUCCUCCCAUAGAUCCUGUACUUUCUGCAGCCACCAAGCUGCCA